AUGAAGCAGUUGGAUGAGCUAAACAUAGGCAUCAGCAGUGGAAGUAGCGGAAGCAGCGGCAGCAACCUGUUGGAGGUUGUCCUCAAUGGGGGUAACCCUUUGGCGAAGAGCUCGGCGGAAAAAGAACUAUCCUUGAAUGGCGAAAUGGUCCAAAUUGUGGAGGCCUACUGGCUGUGCACGUUGAAAAAUAAACACAUCGUCAGCGCGGGGGUGGAUUCCCUCUCCCUCUUAUACUCCUUCCUUUUUGUUUUAUACAAAAUUUUAGUGACCCUACGGUACAGACGCUCUCAGAGUUACGCAUCCCUGUUGCAGACAUUAAAUAGUGUGUACUCCUACUCGCAUGAUGAUAUAAACGAGCUGGUCCGCUGCAGUGAGGGAGAUAGUGGCAUUCAGUUCUUUGCCUCCGUUUUGAGCAACGUAACCGUUGUGUAUUGUAACCACGCGACGAGGGAGGAUUGCACCAAGGAGAAGAACUUCGUGAAAAAUAUCUGCAGGAGGCAUAAGCUGAGGUUCCGCACCAAGGUACUCAGGAGGAAAGGGGGGACGGACGAACAGGAAGAAACUGCCCCAAAAAAUCAACCGCGCAGCAAACGGGGGAACAACUUUCUACUUCUGGCCAGAGAAUGGAGGAGAGACGUGUACGUGCAGCUGACCAGGCAGCUGGACAGAGAGGCCAGGAGGGGAAGACGCUUGCGCAGAGCGCAGGGGGGUGACCUUAACUUCAUGUACACAGACGGGGGGAGCACGCCGAAGUAUAGCUACAGGGAUUACCUGACCGAUGUGGAUCACUACAUAAGAUUGGCUAAUAGGAAGCCCAUUUCGGAGGUGCUGCUCAGGAGUGAGGGGCCAACCAGCACGUCGCCGAACAAGUCGCCGAACAUGUCGCUGAACACAUCGCUGAACACGCCGCUGAACACGCCGCCGAACACGUCGGUAACCGAUCCGAUGGCCACUGCGCGCGCCUGCACGCUCGUGAAGUCCCUCGUGUUUGUAGGGCACCACCGCAACGACAACAACGAAACGGUGCUGUUUCAGUUCCUCAGGGGAGCCUUCAUCAAAAAUCUGAGAGGAAUCAAGUUCCUCACCGCGUUUAAGGACUGCCUAAUAUACAGACCAUUUAUCAAGCUAAGCAAAAUUAACCUGUACCUGUACAUGCAAAUUGUGAACAAGUCGUGGCGCUUCGACACGUCCAACCAGAGCCUGUCCGCCUCGAGAAACUUCAUCAGGCACGUUGUCAUUCCGAGCAUGUCCUCCUUGUUCGGGGGGGCGGCAUCCAACAGGGGGACGGCAGUCAACAGGGGUGCGGCAGCCAACACGGGUACGGCAGUCAACACAGACACGGAAGCCAAAACUGCUAUCCCUGCUAUCCCUGUUAACACUGCUAUCCCUGUUAACACUGCUAACACUGCUAGCCCCGCUAAUGCCGCCACCCCUGCUAGCCCCGCUAAUGCCGCCAUCCCUGCUAGCCCCGCUCCGAGAGGCGAGCUGCAAAGCAUCCGCGUGUACGAGUACCCCGCGCUGGACCGCAAGCUCAGCAACAUCAUGGCCCAAACGACCAACUUGGAGAGCCACCUGCAGUUCUACAUAAACGUCUUCGACAUAUACAUACACAGGAAGUACUACUACAACCACAACGAGGGAAGUACAGACACACAGCUGAGUGAAAAUCCGUUCAUUAAAGAAUAUCAGAUCAUGCAAAGUAAAUUGUACAGCUCCUUUUUUGGAACGCGGAAGGAUCAAAUGGAUAGACUCAUAUCAAUUAACAAAGCUUUAUAUGAACAACAUUUUUUUUUAAAAAUUUUUAAUUUUUGGAAUUUUUAAAUGGUGAAGAAGUACACAGGGUUGAGUUUGACUUAUGCUAAUGUAGAUCGUGUUUACAACUCGCUCGACCAGUUUGUUCGAUCUUAUGUGUGCAGCACCACAGGGGAAACGUCAGCGAUGAAUGAACAGACGGUCAUAUCAUCCCUCUGCGAUGGGAGGGGAGAAGCACAAAGUGGACAUAACGAUGAGCCGUCUAACCUAUUAUCACCCCAGGGGGGAAUUUCUUCACUUAAUGAGGAAGUACGAAUCAUAGAUCUAGAUGGAAGAAACAAACUCUUCGUUAAUAGGAUCUUCUUUCGCAUACUACGAGAAAAAAACGCAAAUGUGUAUAUCCUCGAUGCUAUAUCAGCACAGGUCUCCAGAAUCAAACGCAGCAAUGUGAAGAGUAUGGUCAAUCAGAAGGGCACAUACCUAUUCAUUAAAAAGAGGAGGAAAAAAAAAGGGAAAAAUUCCAAGUAUAUAUUCGUUACUUAA